CUCCAUGAAACCCAACGUACACGCUGUCAAAUCAAGCUAGCGUAGUGACCACAUCAGCCUGGAAGCCUCCGCCGGCUGAGAGACUGCUGGCUCAUCUACCGUUAACUUGUGAUACAAUUUGAUUUAUUUAAUCGAUAAUUUACACGUUUAAAGAGCUGCUAAUAUAUUCUAUCGUGGUUUAUUGGUCUCGUCGUUGCUCCUCGCUGAAAAUGGCUGAUCCCAAAUACGCAAACUUGCCAGGAAUUGCCUUUAACGAGCCGGAUGUGUACGAGACCGGUGACCUCCCAGAAGAUGACCAGGCUCAGUUUGAGUCGGAGCUGGAGGAGCUCUGCAGUGACAGCGUGGAGAGGAUUGUGGUCAACCCCAACGCAGCCUUUGACAAGUUCAAAGACAAGCAUGUCAACACCAAGGGGCUCGACUUCUCAGACAGAAUCAGUAGAAGCCAGAGAGUGGGCUACGAGUCAGGAGAAUUUGAGAUCCUCGGAGAGGGCUGUGGAGUGAAGGAGACGCCCCAGCAGAAGUACCAGCGCUUGGUGAACGAGAUCCAGGAACUCACUCAGGAGGUGGACGCCAUCCAGUCUGCCACACAGGAAACCAACGCAGAAGAGCGCCUGACCCCGGUGGUCCUCGCCCAGCACGCCGCCCAGCUCAAGCAGCAGCUGGUCUCUGCCCACCUCGACUCGCUGCUGGGACCUCAUGCACACAUCAAUCUGGCUGACCCAGACGGAGCACUGGCCAGGCGUCUGCUCACCCAGCUGGAAGUGGCCAAGGGCAACCGUGGCAGCGGUGCGGGAGAGGGCAAGCCGACGGCAUCGGCUAAGGGCCCAGAUGGAGUGGUGCUCUACGAGCUGCACAGCAGACCGGAGCAGGAGAAAUUCAAUGAAUCUGCCAAGAUGGCGGAACUGGAGAAGCGUCUAGCUGAGCUGGAGAUGGCUGUUGGCUCAGGAUCAGACAAGCAGGGACCUCUGAGUUCUGGCGUGCAAGGAGCCAGUUUGAUGGCCACCAUAGAGCUCCUGCAGGCGAGGGUCAGCGCACUGGACUCAGCUACUCUGGAUCAAGUGGAGGCCAGACUGCAGAGCGUCCUCGGGAAGAUGAAUGAGAUCGCUAAACACAAGGCAGCGAUUGAGGAUGCCGAGACACAGAACAAGGUGUCGCAGCUUUAUGACGUGGUGCAGAAGUGGGAUGCCAUGUCCACCUCUGUGCCUCAGGUGGUGCAAAGGCUCGUCGCUGUGAAGGAGCUGCAUGAACAAGCCAUGCAGUUUGGCCAGCUGUUGACCCACCUGGACACCACUCAGCAGAUGAUCAACAACUCUCUGAAGGACAACAACACUCUGCUAACACAGGUCCAACUGACAAUGAAGGAAAAUCUGGUGGCUGUAGAAGAGAACUUUGGGUCACUAGAUCAGAGGAUGAAGAAGCUCUCCAAGUAAACGGUGGCAGACUUUGGAGUGGUCCAGGAGAAGAGUGUAGAACACGGACUAAUGUGAGCUGGCUAGAGGUCACAGAGGAGGGAUUUGGGGUUUAACGCUGUCCUUUCUGGCCAUCUCUCUCUCUCUCUUACGCUCUUGUUUGCCUUUUUUCACUAAGUGGAAUGUUAGAAAGAUGGAAAAACAAACAAAAGGAGACUAAAUGUUGUUGUCCACCCUCGUUUCCUCUUCCUUUCUCUUGCAUCGAAUUAUUGAUAUCAACUGAACACACAUGUGUCCACUCCAUACAUGCCACUGAUUGCAGUCCCCUGUUAAGCUUAUUGAGUUUUAGACUGGAUUGUUUUUAUUAUUAGUAUUAAACAUAAGAAAUUCCUCCAUUCCUUUCGAACUAUACUCUGGUCAAAUGAAAUAGAUCACAGUAACGUUGGGUUGAUGGAUCGCACAUUAAAGAUGACUGUGUAAAAAAAAAAAAAAAAAAAGACAAAAUAAAAUCCAGCUCUAUUGUCUUCUAGUGUUGUAGCGGCAGCACGCUCGUGCGAGUGUCGGGGCCGAGUCACGGAAGGAAAGCUUGUAAAUAUGCCCGUGUACCUUUUUUGUUUCUUCACGAUCAGGCGCUUGUAACUAUAUUAUUAUGACUGAGACCAGACACCACAGACAAACUUUUAAUCUGCUUUGUCAUUGCCUACAAGUCAACUGUAUUGUACAUCUGUGGUCAUGGAAACGGAUCAAUAAAGUGCGAUAAGCUUUACCUUAUUUUAUAAGAUGAUCGCUUAAUGGGUGAAAUAGGUGCCCACUUCAUACUGAUUUGGUUGAAUGGAAAAUAGAAAUAAAAAGGUGAUUUUUACACGUAUAAAUCACAUUAAAUCAG